CUUCCUCCUCCUCCUCUAAUGAUUUCUUCCUUCUCAGUCACUCAAGUCUGAAGAUUUUUAUCGAUAAACUGAAAGCGGGAUCUUGUUCUAGCUGAAGAUGUUUCGAGUUGCGAAAUCAAGACCUGUUGAAACCCUAGCUCAUCAGUUCCUCCAGCGAUGCUUGGUAAGUGGCACUGCUAAAGGCAAAGCCAAGUUGAAAGCCGGCGUAACCCUAAAACGCUCUAAAAUAUCCACCAAGAAAGGCGCACAGGGCGGGGAUUCUGCCGAACCUAAACGCAGACCUCAAGAUGACGCGCAACAGCGCCUCUAUGAUCAGUGCAUCAAUGCCCCGACCCCGGUGCGGUACCUGAAGCCGAAAGAGAAGGCACGCGAGGCGGAGCGAGAGAAGCUCGGUCUUAUUAGCCAGGAUCGACAGCGCGAGAUCGAGAUCGCAAAGAAAGGCGGUAAGGCGGCCAUGGGUGUUCCCGACGAGCCCAUGAUUAUGGGGACUCCUGGGUUAGACCUCAUUACGCUGGGGCUGGUUGAUGCGGAGAAGAUUCCUAAGUACGAGCUGACUGUGGAGGACGGCAGGAGGCUCGCCAAGGAGUAUAGUCGGGUGCUAAUGAGGAAGCACCGAGCUAGGCAGGCUGCAGAGACCGCAUUUCUAAAAUUGAAGAAGGAGGCCAUUGAAGCGCUGCCUGAGAAGUUGAAGGCAGCCGCUUUGGUUCCCGAUCUGUCGCCAUUCCCCGCCAAUAGGUUUAUGGCAACGUUGACGCCACCGAUUGAAGGGUACAUUGAAAAAGUGAUGGAAGCGGCAAGGAAGAGCGUUGGAAAGGAGAAGCUCAGAUGACUGAGGAUACAGAUCAAUACUGAUGAGUACAUCACUUGUGGUCAUCAAUUCUUGCAAUAAUAAUACAAGACGCUAUUGUCUUUUGACAGAGUUGGUAAAUUGCUGGGGGCGUGCUAUUCUAUGGUAUCUGGAGGCAUGCCAAGAAUAGUUCAGAUGCCCGAGAAUUAUUUGGAGCGCAUUCAGUGGUGGUCGCCGUAGUUGGGAAAUUUACCAUGUACUUGCACUUUCCUCUCUUUUUUUGAAGGAAUAAAUUGUGGAAAUUUAAAUUAGUACUUUUUUUUUCUUUAAUUUCUAUUUCAAUAACUCUUAUAAGAUAAAGAAAAGCAAACUGUUAGUGAAA